AUGGGGGCAAGCAAGAAAAAGUCCAAAUCAGAGUCUUUGCCAUUAGAUUUGAGCAGUAUUAAACCAUUGGAACAUUUACAGGCAGUUCCUAAAGCAAGAUCUUCUUCAAUUACUUCAGUUGAAUCAGCUGAUGAACCAAGUGGAUAUAAACAAGUUUUGUUGCCACCAACAAUUCGUGAAUUUGAUGAGUUGGAGCAAUUUGAAGCUUUUGUAAGAGAUGAAACUUGGGAUAACGAAUUUGACUAUUUCCAUGGUAAAUUACACUAUUAUCCUCCAUUUGUAAUGAAGGAAUGUCAAAAUAACAUUGAGAAGAUUAAACCAACAAUGAAUAAAAAUUCUAAAAAAUUUAGACGUAAUUUGCAACAUCAUAUUCAAAAGCACUUGAUUAAGGAUUUGGAAAAAUGUUGUGGUUACGAAUUAAGUUUCGAUAAAGCCGAAGUUAUUGAAACUCCAGAGAAACUUGUUUGGAAAUUCAAAGAUGAAACCGACCAUGGUUUUAGCAAAGAAGAGGAAGAUUUGUAUAACAGACAUUGGAAAUUGCAACUUGAUAUUUCUUGCACAAAUGAUAGUGCAAUGGUUGAUGUUGAUUAUAGAUCAAUUCCAAUCUAA